GAAAGCCCCGCGACUACUUAAGUACUUACUAGAAAGGCUGAGUCGGAACCCCCGCAUCCACCUCUCUUAGCAUAUUGCUCACAGCUGAUCAUCUACAUCUUUGGCAUUCCGAACUAAAUCCUUCUCAGACUACCAUUACACGGAAGACAUUGAUAAAAUGGGCGACAAAGAGACAAUUGUCGUGAUUGGUGCGGGGGUCGUCGGUCUAUCCACAGCUCUUCAAAUUCAACAACAUCUGACUGCAUCUCAAUCCAUCUUGAUAGUGGCACGGGAAUUCCCCAAUACCACUUCUAUCAACUACACCUCUCCUUGGGCUGGUGCUCAUUAUCGUCCAUCCCCUGGUACUUCCGCACAAGCCAUCCGUGAGGCAGACCAAUGCCGGCGCACGUAUGAUAGAUUCAAGCGCAUAGCUGCAGAGGAGCCUGCUUCGAGUAUUAAAUUUCUCGAGGGUAUUGAACACCUGGAGGCUCCCCCUCCUGAGUAUCUGGAUGCUACCUCAAGAAAAGUUGCUUAUGGACAUCUGGAGAGAUACCGUGAGCUGUCGAGAGAUGAGUUGCCUGAAGGAGUCAAAUGGGGAACGCGUUAUUGGAGUUGGACUCUCAAUUCACCGGUUUAUUGCGCGCAUCUGCUCCGAAAAUUUAUUUUGAAGGGUGGCCAGACGAAAGAAUAUACAGUCACGAAUCUCCUGGAAGCGUUUGAACUGGCAAGCAAUGUGAAGACCGUGGUCAAUUGCUCUGGCACGGGAUUCAACGAUCCGAAGUCCUUUAUAAUUCGAGGACAAACGUGUCUCGUCCGUAACCCUUGCUCUGUGACCUUGACCAGACAGCUAGCGGACGGCUCCUGGUCCUUUUGCAUUCCUCGACCACUAGACGGGGGCACGGUCAUCGGUGGUACUAAGCAGCCGCAUAACUGGGAUCCGAUUCCGUCGCCGGAGACGAGAGCUCAGCUGCUGGAAAAUGCAUCGAAGUGGUUCCUAUUUACCCCAGAAAGUGGAGGGAAGUUCGAUGUCAUCCGCGACAUCGUGGGCCGCCGACCAGCCCGAGAAGGAGGAAUGAGAAUCGAAGUCGAGAAAGUAGGAAAAGACAGCAAUAAGACCAUUGUCCAUGCAUACGGAGCAGGUGGACGUGGAUUCGAGCUCUCGUGGGGUGUUGCUGAAGAUGUUACGCUGUUAAUGCUGGAGAACAGGCUAUUGCAUGCAAGGGCAUCGCUAUAGCAUUCGUCUUUUUGAUUGCUAGUUAGUAGAUGGCAAGCGUUGUGUGUGCACUACAAAUGAUAUAAUUGACUGGAGGAGCUAUGCACAGAAACCCCCAAUUCUCUUUGUCCUACUCGACGCGAAGCUAGUGGCAGAUUAUCAAAUUACAUUGGUUUCAGUACCCCGGACUGCGCUAAGUUAUCCAGACAAUGUUCCUGUGGUGGCAACAGACAACUUCGAAGUUCGAAGUAAGUAAUUGCAGCCAUUGAGAACGGCCGUCGGAUUAAGAUUUUUAGUGUAAGGCGAAUUGUAUAGCGACGCAC